UAACCUACCUACUCUGAAAUAUGAGUUGCUGUAUGUCGAUACUAUCAACAAGCCAAGAUGUCCGUAAAAAUUAUCUUGGUUUCUUGCGGCUUUUUACUUUGUCUUCUCACUGACAUUACUUUCCAAACAAGAACUUUUUCACGAGACCCAAAAGAUUUAGAGUUUCUGGUCGUGACGGUAGCUACAGAAGAAACAGAUGGAUUUAAAAGAUUCAUGCGAUCGUGCAACUAUUACAAUAUAUCUGUUAAAGUAGUUGGCAUGAACCAAGAAUGGAGAGGAGGGGACGUGCUGAGAUACCCUGGUGGUGGGCAUAAAAUUAACUUGCUUAAAGAUGUUGUCAAGGAGUACAAGGACAAAAAAAAUCUUGUCAUGAUGUUUUCUGACAGUUAUGAUGCAGUCUUUCUGGCAAAUGCUGAAACCUUCAUCAACUCACUUUUAGAAUUCAAUGCUAAUGUUGUCUUCUCAGCCGAGGGAUUCUGCUGGCCAGACAGAUGGCUAGUGGUAAGUAAACUUUAUGCAGGUGAUCAUAGGGUGAGGUUUUUAAUUAAUGCUUUAUUGUGUUGUUUAUGUGUAGGUAUCAUUGGAUAUGCUCCAGUGUUUUAUGACAUACUGACAAACAAUCCAAUCAAAGAUGAAGAUGACGAUCAAUUGUACUACACUAAUAUUUAUCUGGAUGAGAAGAAAAGGGAGAAAUUCAACAUGACGUUGGACCACACGGCCAAGAUCAUGCAGAAUCUUAAUGGUGCUCAAGAUGAAGUAGUGCUGGAAAUGGAUGGUCAUGAUGUUUACAUCAAGAAUGUUGAAUAUGAAACAACACCUUUGUGGAUUCAUGGAAAUGGUCCUAGCAAGCUGUAUCUGAAUUACCUCACUAACUAUGUGCCGGGUGCAUGGAACAAGGAAGAUGGAUGUACAGUUUGUAAGGAAGAUAUCGUAAACCUUGAUGGAAAAAAGGAUGAAGACCUUCCUCGAGUAAUGGUUGCCAUCAUGAUUCCGCAGGCUACUCCAUUCAUGCCAGAAUUCUUUAAAAGGAUACAAAAUAUUGAAUAUCCAAAGGGUCGCAUUGAUCUUUACAUACACAAUAUGGUAGAAUUCCAUAACAAACAUGUUAAGAAUUGGCUGACUGAUGAUCUGAAGAAAUUGUACAACUCAGUACAAGUUGUAUCAUAUGAACAAGGGGUAGAUAAAGAGUUUUCUGCAAGAAAUCAAAUACUAGAGGCAUGUAUCAAGGCAGAAAGUGAUUACUUGUUUGCAAUCAAUUCCGAUGUGGUAUUAACCAAUCCAAGAGUCUUAAAGGUCCUGAUGUCUCAUAMCAGGCCAGUUAUUGUUCCAAUGUUAUCCAAGUACAAGAAGCUGUGGUCAAACUUCUGGGGAGCAAUAGGCGAAGAUGGUUUCUAUGCUCGCUCUGAGGAUUACAUUGAUAUUGUUCAGUAUAAACGAAUGGGUAUCUGGAAUUCACCAUUCACCUCAAGUGCUCAUCUGAUCAAGAAAGAAGUUUUACCCAAGAUAAGACACAGCUAUGGACAUCAAUCCCUAGACCCUGAUAUGGCCUUCUCUAAGUUCCUGAGAGACAAGGGUAUCUUCAUGUAUGUCUUGAAUACACAUUACUUUGGUUACUUGAAGGAGGUAGAAACAUAUACCACUCACCAUCUUCAUAAUGACCUGUGGCAAAUCUUUGAUAAUGAGCCUGAUUGGCGAGAAAAGUAUAUACAUGAAAACUACUCACAGAAUCUCAAUGAAAGCAUUCCAAUGUUAAUGCCCUGUCCUGAUGUAUUUUGGUUCCCUCUGACGUCAGAGACCUGGGCAAGACACAUGAUUGAGGAAAUGGAGAAUUAUGGUGGCUGGUCCGGUGGUGGUCAUAAUGAUAAACGACUGGCUGGUGGAUAUGAAAAUGUUCCAACAGUAGAUAUCCACAUGAACCAGAUUGGGUAUGAGAGAGAGUGGCUGCAUUUUCUCAAGCAAUAUGUUGUUCCUGUCAAUGGUCGUUUAUUUCCAGGCUAUUACUCUGAAGGCCGUGCAAUCAUGAACUUUGUUGUGAAGUACACACCAUCCGGCCAGUACUACCUCAGACCUCAUCAUGACUCAUCUACUUAUACUAUCAAUAUAGGCCUCAACAGACCUGGAAUUGACUAUGGCGGCGGUGGAUCGCGAUUCAUUCGACAGGACUGUGCCGUACAAGACACUAGAGUUGGUUGGUCAAUUAUGCAUCCUGGAAGACUCACUCAUUACCAUGAAGGUCUUCCAACUACCUGGGGAACUAGAUAUAUUAUGGUCUGUUUUGUGGACCCUUGAACACCCUGUAUGGUUUACCGAGCAAACCAGCAAACCUAUUUUUGACUUUGAGAUAAGAUAUUUUACUUUCUUAAAUAAAGAUGGACAUUGGUGCCUAUAAAUUAAAGUCCUUAUUUUAUGCCAGCAAGAAAGUGCUAUGACAAGCGAGGAAUAUUGUCAGAGAGCUGUAGAUCUAUCUUUAUUACUGUUAGUAAGGCUAGAAUUAAUAGGAUCUGUCUAUUACUGUAGCAUUUAAAGCACACUGCAGAGAGAUCUUAUUGAUAAUUACUAAUAAUAAAUAGUAUAAUAAGAGAGUUCACUUAGAAGGUGAUGUCGGAAAUGUAACAAUAAAUCCAAAUAUUUUUGCAUUA